AUGCCACGCAUCAAAGCCCCUACACACAAAAGCUCCUCCAAAUCCAAAUCCAAAUCCCACAGACCCUCUCUUCCUACACCCCCCAAACCCAAACGCAACAAAAAUUCUUACAGCAACGGUGCGCUGAAACCCAUAUUCAGUGGCUGCAACAUGUCACUCGCAGGCGACUUCAUCGCUGAGCAUCCCGGUCCCAACGCCGAAUCUCAAUGGAACUAUGAGAAAAUCAGUAAAUGGAUUACUGUUCAUGGGGGCGAUUAUGCAAGGGAAGUGGAUGAAUAUACGACGCAUUUGAUUGUGACUAUCAAGGAGUAUAAGAAGAAGGGGACUCAGGUCCGCAAAGCAAUGGCUAUGGGGAAACGAUGCCAUAUAGUUGUCAUCGAUUGGCUAGUCGAUUGUUUGACCUUGAAAACUAAUAAGAAAAAGAAACUCGUCGUGACGGGAUAUACACUUGGUCGUGUAAUCCGUCGUUUACAUCAUACUGAAGACCAGAAGAUCAAGUAUCGACAGAGAUUCGAGGAGAAUGUGAAAGCGAGCAAGGAAUUAUGUGAUGAUCGACUUCAUCAUGUUUAUGUCGAUCAGACGAAUUUCGAAUACAAAGUCGUUCUCACCCGUGUUCUUUUGCAUGGCAAAAAUAAAAAUCAGAAAUAUACGGUCUAUCUCUUCGAAUCCAAUGCUCAACCACAUACCUAUAUGGCUGGAGCAAAACUAACAACUACCUACCAAAGUCCCUCUUAUCUUCGAGAAGAUUGUCGUCCUAAAAUAUUUGCCGACGCCUUCCUCGAUUUUAAAAAUAUAUUCAAAUCUAAAACCGGUAUCGAAUGGGACGAUCGCUAUGAACCCCUCCCAGAAAGCCAUCCUAAAGAUCUAUUCCGAUUUCAAAGACCUACCCUAGGACGACCAAUGGGCAUGCUACCUUCUUGGCGCAAAGCACCCAGCUGGAAAGAUAUCGAAUCUGAUUCCAUCCUCCACGAAACGGGAGUCGAUUCCUGCGGUGAAGAAAUCCGGGAUAGAAAUGAAGAAGCCGAAGACGAAAGCAGCGAAGUCGAGAAAAAAGAACGCGAAAACGAGAGGAGAAAAGAGAGGAUGAUGAUGAUGGAGAGAACUCGAGUGACCGAGGAGAGAAAGCGAAAAGAAGAAUUCGAAUAUGAUAGUGAUAGUGAGGUGGAUGAUGACGAGGCGUUCGAUGAGUUGAUGAGAGAUUCUGUUUCUGCUCCUGUGUCUACACAUCGUCACGCACAUCUUGCACAGCUUCCCAGAUCGCAAAAUGGGAUGGUUACGCAAAAAGAAACUGUGAUUGUUAUAUCAGAUUCAGAUACCGAGACGAAUAGCAGUGAUCCGAAUACCGAGGAUGAGGAAAUGGAAAAUCCAACAUCUCCUCCCAGAACUCCCACCACCAACCACAUCUCGCGAACACAACGCUCUUUUCCCGCCUCGGGAAAUUCUGUCGAUGAUGCUAUCAUCUUAUAA